AGCUUUGUUUUGCCCCUCCUCCCAACUGGGAAGGAGUGUGUGAGUGUGUGUGUGUGUGUGUGAGAGAGAGAGAGAAAGAGAGGUUUGUUUUUCCCAUCAACCUCAUCAUAUACACAACUCUCCCAUUUCUGUGAAUUUCCCUAUGGAUACCUGGUAUUCUAGGUAUCACCGAAGAUGGAAACCAUCUAUUUGUUUUUGUUGAAAGCAAUGUCAUGCUAGCAUCAUCUCAACAACACAGCAAAGAAGUAAAACGCACAUAGACCACCAUUUCUUCAACUCAAACGGCAGUGAACAAUGGGGAAAGGAUAUUACAUCAGCAAACAAAUGGCCACUGCAGCCAUGAUACUGGCUGCAAUAGCCUUGGUGACCAUCAUUGCAUUAUCAGUCGUUUAUAAUCGAGAAAAGUCCAAAAACGCAGCAAAAUUCAAUGCAACUACAACACCAGUAUCUCCCACCUUGAAGACUUCUAACGAACCCUGGGACAAAUACAGACUGCCCGAUACUCUGUCUCCGCAGUACUACAACGUGACUCUUUGGCCUCGUUUGGUGACGAACGCCGACGGGAUGUAUAUUUUCACUGGGAGCUCGGGGGUGAUGUUUACUUGUGUGAAGAAAACAGAUCUGAUAUUAAUUCACUCCAACAAACUCAACUUGACUCUGUUUGAGGGGCACCAUGCAAAACUCAGGGGUGUGAGCGGCGUAACGGCUCCAGACAUAAAGACCACCUGGUUUCAGAAGGAAACGCAGUACUUGGUGAUUCAACUGGAGGGAAAACUGAAGCCUGGGAAGUCCUACUGGCUCUAUACAGAGUUCAGAGGAGAGCUUGCUGAUGAUCUGGAGGGUUUCUACAGGAGUGAAUACAUGGAAGAUGGUGAAAAGAAACUUAUUGCCAUAACUCAGAUGCAGGCCACUUACGCUAGGAAAGCUUUCCCGUGUUUCGACGAACCUGGCAUGAAAGCUGUGUUUCACAUCACUCUCAUCCAUGACCGGGGAACUACAGCACUGUCAAACAGCCAGGAAAUUAAGAAAGAAAAUAUCACCAUCGAUGGAGCAGCCAUUACCAGGACAAUAUUUGAACCCACAAAGAGGAUGUCAACAUAUCUCGUCGCAUUUAUCAUCAGUGAUUUUACGUACAUCAAUGCUCAAGUCAACAAGGGUGUUUUGGUAAGAAUAUGGGCACGGAAAAAAGCCAUUGAUGAUGGGCAAGGAAACUAUGCACUCAACAUUACUCAGCCAAUACUGGAGUUCUUUGAGAAAUAUUACAAUACUAGCUAUCCUCUUUCUAAGUCAGAUCAGAUUGCGCUGCCUGACUUCAACUCGGGAGCCAUGGAAAACUGGGGUCUUGUCACUUACAGAGAGACUGCGCUUCUAUAUGACCCGAGGACAUCUGCCAAUGGCAACAAGCAGAGGAUUGCAACUGUGGUUUCUCACGAACUGGCUCACAUGUGGUUUGGAAACCUUGUGACGCUGAAAUGGUGGAAUGAUCUCUGGCUGAACGAGGGGUUUGCUUCAUACGUGGAGUAUCUGGGCGCUGAUCAUGCUGAGCCGACUUGGAACAUUAAAGACCAGAUCAUUCUGUACGACCUGCAAAGAGCAUUUGCUGUGGACAGCUUGACUUCCUCUCACCCUCUCUCACGAAAGGAGGAAGAGGUCAACACUCCUUCAGAGAUUAGUGAAAUGUUCAACACCAUAUCCUACAGCAAGGGAGCUGCGGUGCUGAAAAUGCUCUCAGAAUUCCUGACGGAGCCUGUGUUUGCCAAGGGACUCGGUAACUAUCUGAACCAUUUUGCUUUUGGAAGCUCGGUGCAUUCAGAUCUCUGGGAUCAUCUUCAAAAGGCAGUAGAUCAAACUCCAAGGGUGAAACUACCGUAUAGUGUUCACGAGAUCAUGAACCGCUGGAUACUACAGAUGGGUUACCCAGUAGUCACCAUUGACACUCGAACAGGGAACGUCAGCCAAAAGCACUUUCUCCUGGAGAAAGAAGCAGUGGUGGAAAGGAAAUCUGAAUUCAAUUAUGAAUGGUUUGUGCCCAUCAAAUGGAUGAAAACAGGCCAGGAGCAUGAUCAGCUGUGGCUUCUGCAGAAAUCAGCUAUUCACAAACCCAUGAAAGUCAGCAAAAGCGAAUGGGUGCUGGCCAACCUCCGUGUGUCAGGAUACUUCAGAGUGAACUACGACCUUGGAAACUGGGAGCGACUUCUCAGCCAACUGGAGUCAAAUCACCAGGUUAUACCUGUGGUGAACAGAGCUCAGAUUCUGGAUGAUGCAUUUAAUCUAGCAAGAGCAUCCAUUAUAAACAUAACACUUGCUUUGAGAACCACUAAAUAUCUCAUGCAUGAGCGGGAAUACAUUCCAUGGGAGGCGGCGCUUCGGAAUCUGAACUAUUUUUUCCAGUUGUUUGAUCGCAGUGAAGUUUAUGGCGCCUUGCAGGCUUAUCUCAAGAAACAAGUCAAACCUCUGUUUGAACAUUUUGGUACUAUCAGCUCAAACUGGACAACAGUUCCUUAUGGCCACACUGAUCAGUUUACACAGAUCAUUGCACUCUCACUAGCCUGCAGCACCGGCGUGGAGGGAUGCAGAGAGCUAACCAAGAGCUGGUUCAAAAGAUGGAUGCAGAAUCCUAAUAUCAAUGCGAUUCACCCUAACCUGAGGUCCACGGUGUACUGUGACGCCAUCGCUGGGGGCGGAGCAGAAGAAUGGAACUUUGGCUGGCAGAUGUUCCAGAAGGCCACAGUUGCAGCUGAAGCAGUCAAGCUGAGAUCAGCUCUGGCCUGCACCAAAGUGCCCUGGUUACUGAACAGGUACCUGGAAUAUACUAUGAAACCAGAAAAGAUCCGCAAGCAGGAUGCCACUUCCACCAUUGGGUACAUUGCCAGUAAUAUUAUUGGCCAACCUUUGGCAUGGGACUUUGUCCGGGCAAACUGGGACUAUUUCUUCAAAGUGUACGGCACUGGAUCAUUCACUUUCUCCAGAUUAAUUGGUGACAUCACCAAUAGAUUCUGCACACCAUUUGAACUCAGUCAGUUGAAACGGUUCCAACAAGACAACGCUGAGACCGGAUUCGGCUCGGGAACUCGUGCGCUGCAGCAGGCCAUCGAGAAGACAACAGCCAAGAUUAAGUGGCUGGCAGAGAACAAGGAGCCAGUGCUGCAGUGGCUCACCUCAGAAUCAGAGUAAACUUCACAUCUGAUCAGAGUCAGUUCAAGUAUUACUUGAGUAAUUUCAACUGGAUGCACUAGAAUUCAGAAAUGAUCAUCAUAUACUCACCCUCUUGUUGUCCAAAUCUGUAUGACUUUCUUCUUAUGUAAAACAUAAAAGGGGCAUUUUUUAAUAACCUUGGUGUUCCUUUCUGUAUAAUAAAAGUGAAUGGGAACGAU